AUGAACGAUAAAUACCACCGGGCGGCUCGGGACGGUUAUCUGGACCUGCUGAGAGAGGCCACGCGCAAAGAUCUGAACGCACCUGAUGAAGACGGGAUGACUCCGACGCUUUGGGCCGCGCACCACGGCAACCUGGAUGCGCUCAGACUGGUUGUGGGAAGAGGUGGAGAUCCAGAUAAAUGUGACAUUUGGGGAAACACCCCUCUUCACCUGGCUGCGGCUAACGGCCAUCUCAACUGUCUGUCAUUUCUGGUGUCAUUUGGUGCCAACGUGUGGUGCUUGGACAAUGAUUACCACACGCCAUUGGACAUGGCAGCCACCAAGGGUCACAUGGACUGCGUGCGGUAUCUGGACUCUAUUGCCGCCAAACAAAUCACCAUUAAUCCAAAACUAGUGAGCAAACUAAAGGACCGCGCCUUCCGUAAUGCUGAGAGACGCAUUAAGAACUGUGAAAAACUUCAGCGCAAGCACCACGAGCGCAUGGAGAAGCAUUUCCUGAGAGAGUCUGCUGCAAUGGACAUGUCAGAUACGAUGAGUUACAGCAGUUUCAGUAGCACCCUGAGUCGCAAGAUCCCACAGUUUAACACCCUCGAUUCCAAUAUGACUUAUUCACAGGCAACCCUUCAGUCCACGGCUAGAGGUAGAACCAAGAUUCAACGACGCCUUGAGAAGAAGAAACAGGGUGAAGGGACGUUCAAGAUUUCCGAAGACGGGCGAAGGAGUGUCCGCUCUCUCUCUGGUCUUCAGUUGGGCAAUGACAUUAUGUUCUUGAAGCAGGGUACCUUUAUCAGCCCACGCCAACAGUCCAAUACACGUCUCAACAUCCGUAACAUGUUCUCAGGUAAACGGGACAUCAGGACGGCUGAAGACGAUGACGAUGUAGACACUGUUUCCCGGGCGCUUAGUGACCCGGGUCUGUAUGAUGCAGCAUACUCUGAAAUAAGUACAGAUUCGGGUCGGGACUCUCUGUUCAACCGACCAGGACUUGGCACCAUGGUAUUCCGUCGGAAUUAUAUGACUGACGGGCUUUCCCGAAUGGGACAGAAUGAGGGCAGCGUGGUGGGCAGUGAACCGGUGGGACGGGCCCAGAACGUCCGAUUACGAGGGAGAUUGCCACUACGUUCACCCAGUCUAGACGAAGUCAGCAUUGGCAGCACGUUGAGUCUACAGGAGAGGAAUUUACAGGAUUUGCCUUGGGAAGAAGGAGACCUGGGUCUGGAGGAGGAAGAUGAUGAGAUACAACCUUCGGCAGCUCCUCUGGAAGUGUUCCUGGCAUCUCAAGGAUUGAGUCACUAUCUCUCCAUUUUUAACCGAGAGCAGAUGGACCUGGAGGCGUUGCUGUUGUGCUCAGAGCAGGACCUCAUUAGCAUUCACAUCCCUCUUGGGCCACGUAAAAAACUAAUGGAUGCCUGCAGCAGACGCAACCGUGUGCUGGAUAAAGCUGAUGGCAUGCAGGACACUAUGCUGUGA